AUGGAGGCUCUCUGGUCCUUUGUCGACCAGCACUGGUGGCUGACCGUUUUUGCUCUGAUCUUCUCGCUCAAGGGCGUCCGCACCGCCGUCAAUGCCAUCGCUUUCUACUGCUGCUACCAGCCCACGCCAAUCCCCGACAAGCCAAACUACACGCAAAACGACGUGACGGUCAUAUUGCCCUCGAUCAAUGGCGACGGCGAGGAGCUGCGACAGACGCUGCAAUCCAUCCUGGUCUGCGCGCCUGCCGAGGUCAUCCUGGUCACCAUUGACGCCAGCCUGAAGCGCGCCAACAAGAUGAUCGAGGCCAUGGGCUGGACCAACAAGCCAAUCCGCGUCAUGAGCGUCGCCCAGGCGAACAAACGCCGCCAGAUGUGCGCCGCCAUCCCCGAGGUCAAGACCAAGAUUAUCAUCUUCGCCGACGACGACGUGAUCUGGGGCCCCCGCCUGCUGCCCUGGAUCCUCGCGCCCUUUGAGAACCUCAACAUGGGCGGCGUCGGCACCAACCAGCGCAUCAAGCGCAACCCGGAGUACGGCUACCUCUCCAAGGCCUACCUGUGGCAAUUCCUCGGGGAAAUGUACAUUCGGCGAAGAAAUUUCGACAUCACGGCCUGCACGCAGAUGGACGGGGGUCUUCCCUGCCUGUCCGGCCGCACCGUGGCUUACCGUGCGCGCAUCCUGCAGAACGGCGACUUCCACCACGGCUUCCAAAACGAGAAGUGGAACGGCUACACGCUCAACGCCGACGACGACAACUUCAUCACGCGCUGGAUGGUCUCGCAGGGCUACGACACGACAGUGCAGUACCACCCGGACGCCGAGGUGCAGACGACGCUCGAGUGCAACCCGCGGUACCUGCGGCAGUGCCUGCGGUGGGUGCGCAGCAACUGGCGCAGCAACCUGACGACCAUGUUUGUCGAGCGGCACACCUGGACGCGCCAACCGUGGAGCACGUACGCGGUGCAGCAGACUACCUUGACGGCGUGGGCGCUGCCGUACGACGCGGCGUGCGCCUACAGCUGGUACCGCGGCAGCGCGGAGCUGAGCCCUUCGGCGCGCAUCACGGGGGCGGUGCUGCUGGCGCUGUGGAUCGUCCUGACGAAAUGCACCAAGCUGAUGCCGCAUUUCGUGCGGCAUCCGGAAGACAUGAUCCUCCUGGUGCUGGUCGUGGUGCCGUUCGGGUACUUGCACGGCUUGAUCAAGCUAUGGGGCUUGGUUACACUCAACGCAACGACUUGGGGCAGCAGACCCGCCGCCGACACGGACGAUGCCAUCAGAAUGGAGCGGCCCAAAGCGCAAGCCGGCUUUGCGCAAGUCGACGUCGAAAAGCCCUUACUUCCUACUUAUAGAGAGAGUCUCGCGAGGGAUUAA